AUGACUGAAAAGCCUGAAAGCAUCGAAGUUCCGCCAAACGUUGAAGUCAUUGACCUAACAGGCCUUUCGGACUCGUCGGACUCAGGCGACGAUGAACGUAAUUCAGAGGAGAAGGACCUCGAGUCCGAGCACGGCUCUGAAGGUUCGGAGAUAGAGAUCACUCUGAACGAAGAAACGCGUGCGCAAUUGCAAACUGCGAUUGCCACUGUGUCCGAGACGCGUCUCCGUCGGCUAUUGAAGAUUCUCGUUGAAGCCGACGUCACAAUAGAGGCUGCACUAACUCGCGAGUUGGUGACUCUCAAGCGAGGAACUCAAGAUGUUGUGCCACGUUGGGAGACGUGCGCGAAUUGUGACGAAGAAUACGACAUCAACACGCUUCGGGAGGAUGCUGAGUGCAUCUUCCACCCAGGUAUGCCGGCUGGACAGCUGGACAAGAAACCUCUGACCGGAUCUCUUGGUAUUUUCAGGUGA